AUGGCUCCUCGUAUUCGUCCUGCUACAACGCUAGUGGUGGUAUUAUCUAUAGCAUUUGCAUUCCAACUGAUAGCAAUAUUAUCAGUUCCAGUCACAAAAAGCAUAUCCAUAUGUACAUAUGAUGGUUAUAAAUUUGGGGUAUUUGGGCUGUGUCGAGGAAAUAGUUGUUCAAAAGUUGGUAUAGGAUACACUGGUAAAGAACUGGAUGAUGUUGAUGGUUUCUCACUGCCUUCAAAUGCUAGAAGAUCAGUCUCAAAGCUACUUGUUGUUCAUCCAAUAUCUGCUGGCUUCUCCAUUAUUUUAUUAUUUUCAUCAGCUUUAUUGCAUUGGCAUGGUCCUUCCAAUUCUCUAAGAUUUUUAUUCUUCUUGUUAUUAUGGACUAUACCCAGUUUUCUAAUAUCAUUAUUAUCAUUUCUAGUUGAUAUUCUUUUAUUUGUGCCUCAUUUGGAUUGGGGUGGCUGGAUUGUACUAGCUGCUACGGUGUUGAUUGCGGUGUCUGGAGUUUUGUUAUGCAUAAUGAGAAGAACUGUCUCAUCUAGAAGGGUUCUGAAAAGAAAAGAUACAUUUGGUAACGAUUAUCAAUUAGAACCACUGAAUUAUGGAUAUGGUACUGUUGACGGAAAUUCAGAUGUCAAGUUUGGCAAGAAUUCCUAUGAAGGAAAAGAGGGAAAUGAAAAUGAAGAAGAAAGAGAACCUUUUGUUCAUGAAAGUAAUGAAACCUUUGACAACUCUAUGAAUUACACUAGAACUCAUGAAAAUCUGAAUGAUUACCCAUCUACUCAACUUUAUGAUUCAAUGCGUGGUGAAAACAAUAGAAGUGGUCAGAGUAACUCCACAGGUUAUAGAUCCCCCGAAAAUAUUCUGGCUCCUUUAUCAACAGCCUAUAGAGGUGAAUUCAAUUUUGACCGUGGAAAUGAAAAUCCAACACAAGAAUAUAUUCCAAGUGCACCAUACCCUUCGGAUAUACCGAAUGCUGGAUAUGAUGCGAACGAGUUACAACAAGCUUCAGAACCUUGGAGGGCACCUUACCCAAAUACAAAUGAUGAUUUGAGCCCUCACCCAGAAGCGUACAACGCUAAUAGUGUACCAUAUGUUGGAUCCAAACCAUCUGGUCCUCGUCCUAUGCCAACGCCCACAACUACUGGUAAUGAGGAGCUUCCAAUGUUACCAUCAGAACUUGCUGCGGUUUCUUUCAAUAAUAUGGAUGGUGAUGUUUUGACAGAGCCUUAUUCAAAUAGGGAUUCUGCUGAAAGUUUAUCAGCCCCACCACUUCCAAGCAAUUUGGAAUCUUCAGCUGAAGCAGAAACUGGUCAGUCACUUCCUGGGUACCCUUUCAAUGAACGACCAGAUCCGUUGAUUCAAGAAACAAAAAGACUUUAUGAAAGUGAUCCCCCAAAUUCUUUUAAUAAAGCUGAAGAAACUGGUAUUACUAGGGAAGCAACCUAUAGAACUAAAAUUGCCAAUGCAAUUGAUCAACUUCAAGGUCCAGAAACAAAUGAUCCUGCUGUCUAUUCAAAUCCAAGUUUUAUCAAUACAAACGAAAGUCUAUUAGCUUCCCAGUCAGCGUUAAAUGCUUCACAACUUCCACCAAAAAUCAAAGAGGAUGAUAAUGAUGAUGAGUUGUAUGGACCUGUGGCAGCCUUAUCAAAUGCAAAUAAUGAACACAAGGAUAGAAUUGUUCCUCAAAAUUCAAUGGAUGAUGAUGCAUCAUCGUCAUACUCUUCACAUAUUUCCUCCACUGUGAACAGCCCGGUUGAUGCAACUUUUACUAGGACGCAUUCACUUCUUACACCAAACAGAGGCUUGCCUAAUAAAACUCAAACAACAAGUUCAAUGGCCAUUGACAAUAUUUACGACCGUUAUGCAAGAGAUUCGACGGCCACUUUGAACAAUGCUAGUGCAGAAGGGAAAGAAGACGGUUUAAGUGCCAAUGAUUAUCCAUUUCCGGAUCCUCAUGAGAAACGAGUCACUCCUGCUCCAUCAUUUUCAAACAUCUCACUAGUAUCUUCAAACUUUACAUCAGUUUCACAAAGGGGGAUAAAUCCAAAAUACUUUGAGAAAAAUCCAGAGGAAAAACUAUUGUAUUUACAGCAGCAGCAACAACAACAGGAAGAUCAAUCGCAAUCAAAGCAUCCACUCACUGUUCAAACAAGACCAAGACCUUUGCAGACGGCUAAGAAUAACACAGAUAUCCUGAUAGCUUCAAAUCCAGAUUUCUCUGUUUUACCUAUAAAUAAAAGAAAUGGCAAAAGGAAACCAGGAAGAUGA